CUUUAUGGGGUAGUAAGGAUACAGAUAGCAAUGGAACGGUCAUUUAGGAUUUUUUGGAUAGAUAUGACUUGGUCGUAAUAAAUGAUGGGAGAUCAACUCUGUUUCAUAUUGGGGGGAAUAGUAUGAGCUGCAUAGACCUAACUAUAGCAUCAACAAAUCUGGCCAGGGUAGGGCAUUGGAAUGUGUUAGACAGAAACACUAAGUAGUGAUCAUUUUCCUAUUUUAAGUAAGUUUGGUAGGGUGCUAAUUACUGAAGGAAUGAAACAACCUAGUAGAUUUAACUUUUCUAAGGCUUGUUGGGAAGAUUUCAAGGUGAAGACUCUAGCUUCAGUAGGAGAGGUAGAUAGCGAGAGUUCCAUUGAUCAUUGGAAUGAAUCUGUAUGCUCAAUGAUUUACAAGAUAGCACUAAAUACUAUUCCUUUGGAGGAGAGUCCUAAGGCCUGAAUAAUUGUUCCAUGGUGGAAUAAACAAUGUGAUAUAGCUGUAAGGAACAGAAACAAAGCAUUUCGGAAACUAAGGAAAUUUCCAAUGCAGUGUUAUGCUGUUGAGUACAAAAGGUUGCAAGCAGAGGCGAGGAAAGUUAUUAAAGAAGCUAAGAGAAAUUGCUGGAGGAGAUAUUGUGGUACGCUAUGUCCUGAUUCCCCAGUGAGCCAGUUGUGGUCUACUGUGUGGAGAAUGUCUGGGGUAUAUAAGAGGCCAUCAAUGCCAGUUUUUCUUUCCCUCUCCGCAGAUGACUUUCUGGCCGCCUUUGAAGGAAAGGUGGCUACAAUCCGGAACUCCUUCGCCCAUCCAAUCUUUCAGUAACAAUUCCAGCCGGAAAUGAGAAUUGCAGGUUAUUGCAUCCUUGUUGCGCUUCGGUUGGCCCAGCUGGCAGUACCUCCAGUCUACUCUGUCCGCACGUUCGUGAGCUUCGGCCAUUCCCUCACUCUUCCCUGCCAUGGAGACCCCAGCAGGGAUGUGGAUUGGUUGUUUCAGCAAGAUGAGUUUCCUGAUUGGCUUUUUGUGGCCCAACUCCACACCAGAGCCUUUUCCUCUGGAAACGGCUUCCGGGGACGGGUGGAAUCCUUCCACCUAACAGAGCCAGGAAACUACAGCCUCACCCUCAGUCCCGUGGUGUACAGUGACCUCGGCAUUUACAAGUGCCAGUACAAGGAUGAGACUGAGAUCCUUCUUUCAGAUGUGAAACUAGAAAUUAGAGUCCCAUCAAAUGUUUCCAUAGCGAUGGGAAUGUCCGCCAGUCUUCCUUGCUUUGGGAAAAUUAAUAUGCAAGCACAUGCUGGUGAUCUGGAUAUCCUCUGGAAGAGAGGUGGAGAGAACGUUUACCAGAUCCAUAAGAACACCAUCACAUAUGGUCCCGGGUUCGAGAACAGAGCUUCAGUUUCCCCAGAACAAGCCCUCUAUGGAAACAUGUCUUUAACCAUCAGACAGACACGGUUUUCAGAUGAAGACGACUACCAGUGCUUCUACAACAGUCCAAAAGAGAGGGGGAAUCCAGAUUCUGCCAGUCUCGUUGUGACGGGCCACCCUCCCCAGACCCUCACAGUGAAGGCCGGUGGUUUGCUCUCCAUACCGCUCUAUACCGCAGACCCAGUGAGGGUAACAUUCAGUGCCCUUGGUUCAGAUGAAGUGAUGAUGCUCGAUGCAAAUAAAGGCCCAGCCAGGUAUGGGGAGCAUUGUGCUCAGAGAUGUAAGCUUCUGGCCCAGAACUACACCCUUUUGCUGAGGAGUGUGACACUGGAGGAUGCCGGAGUCUACAAGGUAACCGAUCCUGAGACCAAGAAGACCAUCGGCUCUGUCUCUCUGCAAGUCUCAGCCUCUGCGGGACUCUCUGCUGGAGCAGUGGCUGGGAUAGUGGUGGGAGCGAUGGUGUUGCUGCUGGUUCUGGCUGGCAGUGCCUUUGCAGUCUGGAAGUUCUUCAUAAAGACACCAAACCCUGAAAAUGAAAUUAGUUUUCCAAGCAGCCAAUGCAGAAGAUCUCUAAGGUUCCAACAGCAGAGCAGCAUGCGUUCUGUUUCCUGACAGCCAUGAACCCCCUCUCUCUGUGUCCUGUAGGGCAGUUGUAAGUUGUUUCUCUGUGGUCGCCUCUCUGAGGGCUCAAAUGCUUUAUUUCUGCAUAAGCUCCCAAAUGAGUCUGUGUCUGUUACUUUCAAUAUUCCAACACUAUCUUCCACUUCCCUUCAGGAUCGCCAGACCCCUCAUGCCAGAUACCCAUAAUUCUAAGACACUGGGGGGGAUUAACAACCUCCUUGCAUGUAGAGGAGGCAUAGUAAGGACUGUUCAUUCGCUGUUAACCACACUAACGUUGUGAACCCCCAUGGUGUGAUAGCUUUGUGCUGUGCCAACUCGACGCCUAGAUAAUUGCUGUGUAUCCCUAUAGAGCACCACUGGCGACUAGCGGGCACCGUCAGUAUUUCAAGGCCGCUCCAUUCACACCAGCGAAUGGAGGAAAGUCUAGUUGAAUAAUUAGCAAAUACAAUUACAA